AUGAAAUUGACAUCUCAGGUAAUAGAGGCAUCUACCACAUACACCAAUCCGUCGAAGCAGGCAACCCUUCAGCUUCGAAAUUCAAACCUUACCAUAAUUGAUGAAUGGCCCACCAGUUAUAACUACGACGCCUUGGAUUUAACUAACAACAAUCUUAUAGAGAUCUCACUCAAUGAACCUUUACCUAUAAGGACACUUGUGAUAAACGGCAAUAAUGAAUUUCAUCAACUAUCAUCGAAACAUUUCCCCUUUCUUGAAUCAUUGAGUAUAAUGGGAACUAAUGUUCGUUGGGAGGAUUUUGAAAGUUGGAAAUUUCCAAAUUUAAAACAUUUCAUAGCUAUCGAUACCCCAUUACUGAGUAUUAAGAAUUAUAGAAUAUUAGUGAUUAAACAGAUUCCUUCUUUAGAGGUGUUAGAUUUCGAAAAGGUCAAACAAAAAGAAAGAUUGGCUGUUAAAGACGUCAAAGUAGUGGACGAAAUUGAUGAAGAUUAUAAAGCUCAACUAAUUGAGAAACUUAAAAACACCGAUGAUUUACUUGAAAUCGAAAGAAUCGAACGUAUCUUAACCAAGAAGUGA